GCAAGGAGCCUCUGCCACUCGGCGGCGGCGGCGCCCCGAUCAUCCGCGCUGCUCCCGGGGCUGGGGCUGUCCUGCUUCGGCGUGCUGAUUGUUAGCGCUCCUCCCGGGACCCUCCUCCUCCUGCGCUCCGAACGCCCCUCGCUCCUCCCGGGAUCCUACUCCUGAGCCCCGAUAGUCCGCGCUCCUCCGGGGAACCUCCUCCUCCUGCUCCUCGGUUGCCUCCCUGCUGCUGUCUGCACUUCGGCCGCGUGGGAUCCCCGGACGCUGCGCCACCGCUGGGGGGCGAGGAGUCGGCCGCUACCUCUGUCUCCGCAGCCCGGGCCUCUCUGCGCGCCCGAGCUCAGCGCCAGCAUGCGGACCCGGCUCCCCGCGGCGCUCGCCGCCCUGGGCGCGGCGCUGCUCCUGACGGCCGUCGAGGCAGAAGUUGACCCACCUUCAGACUUGAAUUUUAAAAUUAUAGAUGAAAAUACUGUUCAUAUGUCAUGGGAAAAACCAGUUGAUCCAAUUGUGGGUUACAGAAUAACAGUGGACCCUACUACAGAUGGUCCCACCAAAGAAUUUACCUUGGCAGCUAGUACCACUGAAACAUUAUUAUCUGACCUUAUACCUGAAAUAGAAUAUGUGGUGACAAUAACUUCAUAUGAUGAAGUAGAAGAAAGUGUACCAGUUAUAGGCCAACUAACAAUUCAAACAGGUGGUCCAUCAAAGCCAGAGAAGAAACCUGGAAAAAAAGAGAUACAAAAAUGCUCUGUCAGUGCCUGGACUGACCUAGUUUUCCUUGUGGAUGGCUCAUGGAGUGUGGGAAGAAACAAUUUUAAGUACAUUUUAGACUUUAUUGCUGCUCUUGUGUCUGCUUUUGACAUUGGGGAGGAGAAGACAAGAGUUGGAGUUGUUCAGUACAGCUCUGAUACCAGGACCGAAUUUAACUUAAAUCAGUACUACCAAAGGGAUGAGCUUCUUGCUGCAAUUAAAAAAAUCCCAUACAAAGGUGGCAAUACAAUGACAGGGGAUGCUAUCGAUUAUUUAGUGAAAAACACUUUCAUGGAAUCUGCUGGAGCAAGAGUUGGCUUUCCUAAAGUGGCAAUUAUCAUUACGGACGGCAAAUCCCAGGAUGAAGUGGAAAUUCCAGCCCGAGAGCUUCGUGAUAUUGGAGUUGAAGUUUUCUCUCUGGGUAUUAAAGCUGCAGAUGCAAAAGAACUGAAACAAAUUGCAUCCACACCUUCUCUGAACCAUGUUUUCAAUGUGGCCAAUUUUGACGGAAUUGUGGACAUUCAGAAUGAGAUCAUCUCACAAGUGUGCACAGGUGUUGAUGAACAGCUCGGUGAACUGGUUAGUGGAGAAGAAGUUAUUGAGCCUCCUUCAAAUUUGGUUGCUACUGAGGUCUCAUCAAAAUACAUUAAACUGAGGUGGGAUCCAUCACCCAGCCCAGUGACUGGCUACAAAGUCCUCCUCACCCCAAUGGCCACGGGCGGCCGGCAUCAUGCUUUGAGUGUGGGACCGCAGACAACCAUGCUCAAUGUCCGUGACCUGUCCGCAGACAUGGAAUACCAAAUCAGUGUGUCUGCCAUGAAGGGACUGACAUCUAGCGAAUCCAUUUCAAUCAUGGAAAAGACUCAGCCCAUGAAAGUUCAAGUGGAAUGCUCACGUGGUGUGGAUAUAAAAGCUGAUAUUGUGUUUUUGGUUGAUGGUUCCUAUAGCAUUGGGAUUGCAAACUUCGUUAAAGUUCGAGCCUUUUUGGAAGUUCUCGCAAAAAGUUUUGAGAUUUCACCAAAUAGAGUACAGAUAAGCCUUGUCCAGUAUAGCAGGGAUCCUCAUACUGAGUUCACUUUGAAAGAAUUUACCAAAGUCGAAGAUAUAAUUAAAGCAAUAAACACCUUCCCCUACAGAGGAGGAUCUACAAACACUGGCAAAGCAAUGACUUAUGUCAGAGAGAAGAUAUUUGUGCCUAACAAAGGUUCGAGGAGCAAUGUACCAAAGGUCAUGAUUCUCAUCACGGACGGGAAAUCAUCAGAUGCUUUCAGAGAUCCUGCCAUAAAACUGAGGAAUUCAGAUGUUGAAAUCUUUGCAGUCGGUGUGAAGGAUGCAGUUCGCUCAGAGCUGGAAGCUAUUGCCUCUCCUCCCGCUGAGACCCAUGUGUUCACGGUGGAAGACUUUGAUGCUUUUCAGAGGAUAUCUUUUGAACUCACACAGUCUAUCUGUCUUAGAAUUGAGCAAGAAUUGGCAGCUAUAAAGAAAAAAGCUUAUGUGCCUCCAAAGAACCUUAGUUUUUCUGAGGUGACUUCAAAUAGCUUCAAAGCCAACUGGGAUUCUGCAGGGGAAAAUGUGCUUUCCUAUCACAUCACAUACAAAGAGGCCACUGGGGAUGACAGGAUCACCGUGGUGGAGCCAGCCUUGAGCACCAGCGUUGUACUCAGCAACCUGAAGCCAGAGACCCUGUACGUGGUGAACGUGACUGCAGAGUAUGAGGAUGGCUUCAGCGUUCCUGCAGCUGGAGAAGAGACGACCCAAGAAGUAAAAGGAGCACCCCGAAACCUAAAAGUGACAGAUGAGACCACGGAUAGUUUUAAAAUUACCUGGACUCAAGCUCCAGGGAGAGUUUUAAGGUAUCGAAUUAUAUACAGACCAGUUACUGGCGGGGAAAGCAAAGAAGUCACCACUCCAGCCAAUCAGAGGAGGAGAACGCUGGAGAACCUGACCCCCGACACAAAGUACGAAGUGUCCGUCAUCCCUGAGUACUUCUCUGGACCUGGCUCUCCGCUGACCGGAAACGCAGCCACUGAAGAAGUUAGAGGGAAUCCAAGAGACCUAAGAGUUUCAGACCCUACGACAUCAACUCUGAAGCUAUCUUGGACUGGGGCACCAGGAAAAGUGAAACAGUAUCUCAUCACAUACACCCCGGAGACAGGAGGGGAAACUCAAGAGGUCACUGUGAGGGGAGACACGACUAAUACCAUGCUGAGGAAACUAAAGGAGGGGACCAAAUACGCCUUAUCUGUGAUGGCCUUGUAUGCAUCUGGAGCUGGAGAUGCCCUUUUUGGAGAAGGCACAACUCUUGAAGAACGUGGUUCACCUCAAAAUUUAGUCACUAAAGAUAUCACUGACACAUCAAUUGGGGCUUACUGGACGUCUGCUCCUGGAAUGGUGCGUGGAUACAGGGUCUCAUGGAAAUCGCUUUAUGAUGAUAUUGACACUGGAGAGAAAAAUCUUCCAGGAGAUGCAAUUCAUACUGUAAUAGAAAAUCUGCAGCCAGAGACCAAGUACAAAAUUUCAAUUUUUGCAACUUACAGCAGUGGAGAAGGAGAACCUCUGACUGGAGAUGCCACAACUGAAUUAUCCCAAGAUUCUAAAACCUUGAAAGUGGAUGAAGAAACAGAAAAUACAAUGAGAGUUACGUGGAGACCAGCACCAGGGAAAGUCAUCAAUUACCGUGUUGUGUAUCGUCCCCAAGGAGGAGGGAGACAAAUGGUUGCUAAGGUGCCACCCACGGCCACUUCCACAGUGUUAAAGCGGCUUCAACCCCAGACCACAUACGACAUCACAGUUCUCCCAAUGUAUAAGACAGGAGAAGGGAAGCUGAGACAGGGCUCAGGAAGAACAGCUUCUCGAUUUAAGUCACCAAGAAAUCUCAAAACAUCUGACCCAACUAUGUCAAGUUUCCGAGUGACUUGGGAGCCUGCCCCAGGGGAAGUGAAGGGCUACAAAGUCACCUUCCACCCUACCGGAGAUGACAGAAGACUGGGGGAGUUAGUUGUUGGACCCUACGACAACACAGUUGUUUUGGAAGAACUUAGGGCAGGCACCACCUAUAAAGUAAAUGUUUUUGGAAUGUUUGAUGGAGGAGAAAGUUCACCUCUGGUUGGACAAGAAAUGACAACCCUUUCUGACACAACUGUGAUGCCAAUUCUGUCCUCUGGCAUGGAGUGUCUCACCAGAGCUGAAGCCGACAUCGUGCUAUUGGUGGACGGAUCCUGGAGCAUCGGUCGAGCGAAUUUUAGAACUGUGAGGAGUUUCAUUUCUCGCAUUGUGGAGGUCUUUGAGAUUGGCCCCAAAAGAGUGCAGAUUGGCCUUGCUCAGUACAGCGGAGACCCCAGGACAGAGUGGCAGCUGAAUGCUCACAGAGAUAAGAAGAGCUUGUUGCAGGCAGUGGCGAACUUGCCCUACAAAGGAGGCAACACGCUCACGGGUUUGGCUUUGAAUUUCAUUCGCCAACAGAACUUCAAGACCCAAGCUGGCAUGCGACCUCGCGCUCGCAAAAUUGGUGUUCUCAUAACGGACGGAAAAUCGCAAGAUGACGUCGAGGCGCCGUCCAAGAGGCUCAAGGAUGAAGGCGUGGAGCUAUUCGCUAUCGGUAUUAAGAAUGCUGACGAGGUUGAGUUAAAAAUGAUUGCCACUGAUCCCGAUGAUAUCCACGCAUACAAUGUGGCAGAUUUUGAGUCACUCUCCAGUAUUGUGGAUGACCUCACCAUUAACUUGUGUAACAGCGUCAAAGGUCCAGGUGACUUGGAAGCACCUUCUAACUUGGUUAUUUCGGAGCGAACUCACCGUUCUUUUAGAGUGAGCUGGACACCUCCGUCUGACAGUGUGGACAGAUACAAGGUGGAAUACUACCCUGUUUCAGGAGGGAAACGCCAAGAAUUUUAUGUGAGCCGACUGGAAACCAGCACAGUGCUGAAAGACCUGAAGCCUGAAACGGAGUAUGUUGUGAAUGUGUAUUCUGUGGUGGAAGACGAAUAUAGCGAGCCUCUGAAGGGCACAGAAAAAACUCUGCCAGUCCCAGUAGUCAGCCUGAAUGUGUAUGACAUUGGCCCGACUACUAUGCGAGUGCAGUGGCAGCCUGUGGGAGGAGCUACUGGCUACACCUUGUCAUACCAGCCCGCCGAAGCCACCAAACCAGCAAAACCCAAAGAGAUGCGAGUGGGGCCCACAGUGAACGAUGUGCAGCUGACUGACCUCCUUCCUAGCACCGAGUAUGAAGUCACAGUCCAGGCUCUCCUGCACGACCUCACAAGUGAACCUGUCACCGUUCGGGAAGUCACCUUGCCAUUACCUGGACCUCAGGAUGUGAGACUCAGAGAUGUGACUCACAGCACCAUGAAUGUUGUGUGGGAACCUGUGCUUGGGAAAGUACGUAAAUAUGUUGUCCGAUACAAAACACCAGAAGAGGAUUUCAAAGAGGUGGAAGUGGACAGGUCACGGGCCAGCACCCCCAUCAGAGACCUCCAGUCACAAACCCUGUACACUGUCAGCGUUUCCGCGGUGUAUGAUGAGGGGGAGUCUCCACCGGUGACAGCUCAGGAUACCACACGACAUGUUCCAGCCCCAACAAACCUACGGCUGACUGAAGUAACACCGGAGAGUUUCAGAGGAACGUGGGAUCACGGAGCUUCCGAUGUGUCUCUCUACAGAGUAACUGCGGGGCCUAUGGGGAGCUCAGAUAAGAUGGAGGUCAUGCUAAAUGGAGAUGAAAAUACCUUGGUGUUUGAGAACCUGAACCCCAACACUCUCUAUGAGGUUUCUGUGACUGCCAUCUACCCUGAUGAGUCGGAGAGCGAGGACCUGGUUGGCAGUGAGCGCACACUGCGUUUGAUACCCUUAACAACACAAGCUCCAAAAAGUGGCCCACGGAACCUGCAGGUAUACAAUGCAACAUCUAACAGCCUUACUGUUAAGUGGGAUCCUGCUAGUGGUCGUGUGCAGAAAUACAGAAUCACUUAUCAGCCAUCGACAGGAGAAGGCAAUGAACAAACGGUCACAGUAGGUGGACGGCAGAACAGCGUGGUGGUGCAGAAACUGAAGCCCGACACUCCAUACACGUUCACGGUGUCUUCUCUGUACCCGGAUGGGGAAGGAGGGCGCAUGACCGGAAGAGGCAAGACCAAACCUCUGACUACUGUGAGGAACCUGCGAGUGUAUGACCCCUCCACCAGCACCUUGAGCGUUCGCUGGGACCAUGCAGAGGGAAACCCCCGGAAGUACAAGCUCUUCUAUGCACCAGCGGCUGGCGGUGCCGAAGAACUGGUGCCGAUCCCUGGAAAUACCAAUUAUGCCAUUCUUAGGAAUCUGCAGCCAGACACCCUAUACACUAUUACUGUUGUGCCUGUUUAUCCCGAAGGCGAUGGGGGACGCACAUCAGACACUGGAAGGACACUGGUGCGAGGACUGGCAAGGAACAUUGACGUGUACAACCCCACGCCCAAUAGCCUCGAUGUGCGCUGGGACCCCGCUCCCGGGCCUGUGCUGCAGUACCGCGUUGUAUAUUCGCCUGCUGAUGGCACAAGGCCUUCAGAAUCGAUCGUGGUGCCGGGAAAUAUCCGCCAGGUGCAGCUGGAGAGGCUGAUUCCAGACACGGUCUAUUCCGUGAACAUCGUGGCGAUCUACUCAGAUGGAGAAGGGAUGCCGAGCCCCAGCCAGGGCCGAACACUACCACGCAGUGGACCAAGGAAUAUUAGAGUCUUUGAUGAGACGACCAAUACUCUCUCCGUAAGCUGGGAUCACGCUGAUGGGCCAGUUCAGCAAUACAGAAUCAUUUAUUCUACUACUGUUGGGGACCCAAUAGAUGAAUAUACAACAGUACCAGGUAGAAGAAAUAAUAUCAUACUGCAGCCCCUGCAACCUGAUACUCCCUAUAAAAUUACUGUUAUUGCUGUCUAUGAAGAUGGGGAUGGCGGCCACCUAACAGGAAAUGGGAGAACAGUGGGACUGCUUCCCCCUCAGAACAUACACAUCUCUGAUGAAUGGUAUACGAGGUUCAGGGUGUCCUGGGAUCCAUCACCCUCUCCAGUUCUUGGGUACAAGAUUGUGUAUAAGCCAGCAGGUUCCAGUGAACCCAUGGAAGCGUUUGUUGGGGAAGUGACGUCCUACACGUUACACAAUCUCAAUCCUAGCACUACCUAUGAUGUGAACGUCUACGCGCAGUACGACUCUGGUCUCAGCGUUCCCCUCACAGAUCAAGGCACUACAUUGUAUUUAAAUGUGACAGAUCUGAAAACUUACCAGGUUGGGUGGGAUACAUUCUGUGUCAAAUGGUCACCUCAUCGGGCAGCUACCUCCUACAGGCUAAAGCUGAGCCCUGCAGAUGGAACAAGAGGACAGGAAAUCACAGUGCGGGGAUCAGAAACCAGCCACUGCUUCACUGGUCUCUCCCCCGAAGCUGAAUAUGGCGUCACUGUUUUUGUGCAGACACCCAAUCUUGAGGGGCCGGGAGUCCCUGUCAGAGAACAUACCACUGUGAAACCCACAGAAGCUCCCACCGCACCACCGACACCGCCUCCUCCUCCCACCAUUCCACCCGCCCGGGAUGUAUGCAAAGGAGCCAAGGCAGAUAUUGUGUUCCUGACGGAUGCCUCUUGGAGCAUUGGAGAUGAUAACUUUAACAAAGUUGUGAAAUUCAUCUUCAACACUGUGGGAGCCUUUGAUGAAGUCAGUCCUGCUGGUAUCCAGGUUUCAUUUGUGCAGUACAGCGAUGAGGUCAAGUCCGAGUUCAAGCUGAACACGUACAAUGACAAGUCCCUGGCCCUUGGGGCCCUCCAGAAUAUUAGGUACAGAGGAGGCAACACGAGGACAGGCAAGGCCCUCACAUUUAUCAAGGAGAAGGUCUUGACAUGGGAAAGCGGCAUGAGAAAGAACGUCCCCAAGGUCCUGGUUGUGGUCACAGAUGGUCGGUCACAGGAUGAGGUCAAGAAGGCGGCUUUUGUCAUCCAACAGUCAGGGUUCAGUGUCUUUGUGGUCGGCGUGGCUGAUGUGGACUACAACGAGCUGGCCAACAUUGCCAGCAGACCAAGCGAGCGGCACGUGUUCAUUGUGGACGACUUCGAGUCCUUUGAGAAAAUCGAGGACAACCUCAUCACAUUUGUUUGUGAAACUGCUACUUCAAGUUGUCCUCUCAUUUAUCUGGAUGGAUACACUUCACCAGGGUUUAAGAUGCUUGAAGCUUACAACCUGACAGAAAAGAGUUUUGCUUCUGUACAAGGAGUCUCUUUGGAGUCGGGGUCCUUCCCCAGCUACUCAGCUUUUCGGCUGCAGAAGAACGCCUUUGUGCACCAGCCCACCGCAGAUGUACAUCCAAAUGGACUCCCACCUUCGUACACAAUUAUAUUAUUGUUUAGACUUCUCCCAGAAACACCCAAUGACCCUUUCGCAAUUUGGCAAAUUACAGACAGAGACUACAAACCACAAGUUGGAGUGAUUGCAGAUCCUUCCAGCAAGACCUUAUCGUUCUUUAACAAAGAUAUAAGAGGAGAGAUACAGACUGUCACAUUUGACAUGGAUGAAGUAAAGACAUUAUUCUACGGAAGUUUUCAUAAGGUUCAUAUUGUAGUGACUUCAAAAAGUGUUAAGAUUUACAUUGACUGCUAUGAAAUUAUAGAAAAAGACAUCAAGGAAGCUGGAAAUAUCACAACUGAUGGUUAUGAAAUUCUUGGAAAACUACUUAAAGGUGAAAGGAAAUCAGCCACAUUCCAAAUUCAGAGUUUUGACAUUGUCUGCAGUCCCGUGUGGACCAGCAGAGACAGAUGCUGUGAUAUUCCUUCUAGGAGAGAUGAAGCGAAAUGCCCUGCUCUUCCAAAUGCUUGCACAUGUACACAGGACAGCAUUGGACCUCCAGGACCCCCAGGACCCGCAGGAGGACCUGGUGCUAAAGGUCCCCGAGGUGAAAGAGGUAUCAAUGGGGCAAUUGGGCCUCCUGGUCCCCGUGGAGAUACAGGUCCUCCAGGCCCCCAGGGUCCUCCGGGGCCCCAGGGACCCAAUGGGCUCUCUAUUCCCGGAGAACAAGGUCGCCAGGGAAUGAAGGGUGAUGCCGGUGAGCCAGGUCUCCCAGGCCGGACGGGAACCCCAGGAUUACCUGGCCCACCAGGACCAAUGGGACCUCCAGGAGACAGAGGCUUCACUGGAAAAGAUGGUACAAUGGGCCCCAGGGGCCCCCCUGGGCCACCGGGAAGCCCUGGCUCUCCAGGCGUCACAGGACCAAGUGGGAAACCAGGAAAGCCUGGAGAUCACGGCCGACCAGGCCCAUCUGGAUUAAAAGGAGAAAAAGGCGACAGGGGAGACAUUGCUUCCCAGAACAUGAUGCGAGCAGUGGCAAGACAGGUCUGCGAACAACUGAUAAAUGGUCAGAUGAACAGAUUCAAUCAGAUGCUGAAUCAGAUUCCAAAUGAUUACCACUCCAACCGCAACCAGCCAGGCCCACCAGGUCCUCCGGGGCCACCUGGCAGCGUGGGAUCCAGAGGAGAACCAGGGCCUGGGGGGCGACCGGGCUUCCCGGGCACGCCAGGGAUGCAGGGGCCUCCUGGGGAACGAGGCUUGCCAGGAGAGAAGGGUGAAAGGGGCACAGGCUCCCCAGGACCUCGAGGGCUGCCUGGUCCCCCAGGUGCUCAAGGAGAAUCCAGAACAGGUCCACCAGGGUCCACAGGUUCAAGAGGUCCUCCUGGGCCACCUGGUCGUCCUGGAAACUCAGGUAUCCGAGGACCCCCGGGUCCUCCUGGAUACUGUGACUCGUCCCAGUGUGCCAGCAUACCAUACAACGGGCAAGGCUAUCCAGAGCCAUUCGUGCCAGAGGGCUACCUGCCCGAGCGCCAGCCGUUUGUCCCACCGGUGGAGUCCGAACGAACUGCAGACUACGAGGACGACUACGGCGCCGAUGAGCCCGCAGAGCCGCGUCUGGGUCCCGGGUGGGCCUGAGCAGGGCAGGGAGGUCGGGGGUCGCGUUCAGGGUAGAGAGAGCAGUGUGCCACUUUUCUGUGAUGUUUCUUCAGCGUUGCUUCACCCACGGGUACCUUUCUGACUGCAGAGCGCAUUGCAUCUGCAGUUUCCCAACUCACAGCACACAGCCCGCAGGCAUCCCUGCCUCAGCCUCCACACGCUUGCCCAAUGCUCUGCUCACUAAAGCUACUCAGAGAGAAGGUGCCCUGUGGGGUGGCUUCAGCGAAGCGCUUGGGUUAAACAUUAGGUCCUGGGACCCAGCACAACCCAACACUCUGCACUUCCAGAGAGCAGAUUAUCUUUCCAGUAGUUAUCUGCAACGAGUUAUUCCACAAUUCAAGUUAAUUCCCUCCUAAACUCACAUAGGAGAGAAGCAGCAGCAGCGUCAACUUCUCAUCUUCCCCUUCUCUCUUCUGUUACAUUUUACUGCCUAAAACCUUCUCAUGCAUCUCCCUGGAUAACCACAGACCUAAAGCCAUGUAGCUGAAGUUAUUGUAUCAACUGGAUACAAUUCCAUAUCUCCUUACAUCGCCUUGUUUUAGACACACUAACAUUUAUGCCAAAUUGCAGAUGAUUCUGCAGAGAUGGAAUUGCAUGUUUGUGUUGUAUAUUUAGUAUGAACUCUUUCCCCCCAGAACAUAAUGUUUCUUAGUUAUCAAAAGCAGUUGGAAAAUGUUUGCAAGACUAUGAACAUAGAAUUGCUGCUUUUAUAUUUUAACUGCAGAUUGUGAAUUUCACUGCCUUAUAUUAUUUAUUUCUGAAACAAAAGAGGCAUUUUUCAAUAAAACUACUGAAAAUUUGA